AUGACAUCUUCUGUGAUAUUUUCUUUCACAAAGUCUCUGCUUUUCAAUCGAUGCUCAUCGUCAACGUUACGUCAUCCAUUAAUUUGGAAUUCCACUGCAUUCCUCGCAACAGCUUCAACCAGUCCGAAAAUAAACGUUAAUGUCGGCACUAUUGGGCACAUCGAUCAUGGUAAAACAACAUUGACUUCGGCUAUCACAAGAGUCCAGGCGAAAAAAGGAUUUGCAAAGCAUAUCAAGUUCGAUGAAAUCGAUAAAGGAAAAGAAGAGAAGAAACGGGGAAUCACAAUCAACGUAGCUCAUAUUGGGUACGAAAGCCCCGCUCGCCGUUACUCACAUACAGAUUGUCCAGGACACUCGGACUUUAUCAAAAAUAUGAUUUGCGGAACAUCUCAAAUGGAUGUUGCUGUUCUUGUAAUUGCUGCCACUGACGGAGUGAUGGAGCAAACGAAAGAGCAUCUGAUUCUUGCGAAACAAGUUGGAGUCAAAAAUAUGGUGAUCUUUAUCAACAAAGCUGAUUUAGUGGAGGAAGAUGUGUUAGAUUUGGUUGAAAUCGAAGCAAGAGAACUACUGACUAUUCAUGGUUUUGACGGAGAUGCAACGCCAGUGAUUCGCGGAUCUGCUCUAGCCGCGCUAGAAGGACAAGAUAUUUCUUGCAUCGAACGACUUUUGGAAGCGCUGGACUCUCUUCCAGAACCUAAUAGAAACGAUAAAGACACAUUUGUGAUGCCGAUCGGCUCAAAAACUGCAAUCACUGGUAGAGGAACUGUGGUUGUCGGAACACUGGAGAGAGGUAUUCUGAAAAAAGGAGAUAAAGUCGAAAUCAAAGGAGACGGUCAAACACUUCAAACCACUGCAUCUGAUAUUCAUGUGUUUGGUAAAAGUGUGAAAGAAGUUCGUGCUGGUGAACAUUGUGGAGUAUUGUGUCGAGGAGUCAAAGCUGAAACUGUCAAACGAGGAAUGUGGGCUGGACACCCAGGAGCUAUUACCAUUACGAAUCGAGUGAAAGUAGAGCUCUAUUUACUCUCUGAAGCUGAGAAUGGACGGAAGAUUGGUAUCCGUACAGGGUUCACUGAUAAGAUGUACUGCAGCACCUGGGAUCAGGUUGGAAGGUUUGAUAUGAACAACGAACUACUGAUGCCCGGUGAACACACUUCUGCUACUGUACUUUUGAUGAAAGACAUGCCAUUAAGAAAAGGAAUGCCAUUCACAUUAAGAGAAGGAAGCAGUAAGACUACCAUUGCCAGAGGAAUCAUUUCGGAUUUGGAAGAGCACGUAGCCGUCGAAAUGGCAGGAAGAGUUGAUGACCAACUCGAUGAUUUUCUUUGGGGGAAAAACGAUGUCAGUGACUACUUGAAAAAGUGA